AUGGCAAAAGACCUCUUCUUGCGGCCUCACUUGUCUCCAACAACUGAGAAGCUCAAGAGUACUGAGUUCGUCAAGAUUUGGGCCAGCACGUCAUGCUACCUCAGCCAACGGCUGGCUCUCCACCAGGUGGGACUUACCUCCUUCUCCUCCCCUCACAUCCUGACGAAGGUUGAUGAAGUCCUGACAGACCUUUGCCAUGGAGUGCAACUGGUUUGCCCCUCCUUUGAAAGACGGAACAAUGCCCCAGCACGACCCUGCAACGCACAGAUGUGCAAUGGACCACCUCCUCUGUCCAUUCGGAUGUACAAUAAGGCAUGGGCAGGGCACUCAGCGCCGUCACCAUUCUCUGACAAGUCAUCCAUCUGUCCCUCCAAGACUUCUGAUCCACCACCUCCUCUGUUUCAGGCUGUCCGCAUUCCUGGACUUGGGACUUUUGUGGUUGUCAGAGAGCGAGUAGUCAGCAAGGAGAAGGAUCCGGUGGUUGUGGAGAGACCCGUGUUUCAUCUUGCGAACGCUAUCGCGCGGGACCAUGGCCUCCGAUAUGGUUGCAUAGACGUUCCUGGUCAUCAACAUUUUGAGCAACUGCCAUACGCUCAGAUAGCCUCAGACAACGCUGUCUCUGAGGGCACGGUGCAGCUCUGCGUGGAAAGGACCAUGCGUCUUUUCCGUGUCUGCCUCGAGAACAGGGAUAACGUUGCCCUCGUUUGGAGGGACGUGGGCAUGCUGAUCAUCCAGGGAAGAGACGUAAAAAUGAGAUUUUACACAGACUUUCUGAAAAGGCUGAAUGGGACUGACCAGAUGUUGCAAGCUGUUCUCGAGAUGCCAGAGAUGAGGGACUCGGUCAUCUCACGCCAUGACACUGCUGCUUCCCAGACCUCUUCUGGGCGUGUUGUCGUCCUACCGGGGUACAAGCUUGAGACCGUGCCUAAAAUGCCAACAGUGAAAGCAGACCUGACAGGACAUGUGAAGGCCACCCCAGAGAAGGGCUGGGGAAAAGGUGAUGGCAGUGGAAAGAAAGAGGACCUUGCCGAGCAGCGCCUCCUUCGUCGAGCAAGGCUUUCUCCAAAGCGGUUACCUGCAGCGACUGUAAAGUCAGAGCAGGGUCAGAAAGCUGAGGGGAGGGAGCCUCGCGCCAGGCAGCUACCGGCCAUCCAGGGGAGCUCCUUGAAGGAAAAGGAGGAGAAAGAGAAACAGAAACUAAUUCCUCUGGUCGAACCCCGAACAGUAGACUUCAUUGCCAGAGCUAUUGAGAGGAGAGAAAAGAAUAAACACUUGAAGAGGAAGGAGAAGCUUCCAGAACACAUCCAGAAAUACUUGGAUAAAGAGGAAAAGGAGAAAACAGAGCUGGCGGAGGAGGAAAAAAGUAAACUGCAAACCCGGCCAGUGACCAAAAAGAAGGCUAAGAGCGAAAAGGAGACGGUGAAAGCGAAAGCUAAGAGAGAAAAGGAGACACAGAGGAGCCAGGUACUUUGAA